UUGAAGGCAUCAACAUUUCAGAUGGCCAUCCUGCUGCAGUACAACACGGAGGACGCCUAUACCGUGCAGCAGCUGACCGACAGCACACAGAUCAAAAUGGAUAUCUUGGCGCAAGUCCUGCAGAUCUUGCUCAAGUCCAAGCUGUUGGUCUUAGAAGACGAAAAUGCCAAUGUGGAUGAGGUGGAGUUGAAGCCGGACACCUUGAUAAAGUUGUAUCUUGGUUAUAAAAAUAAGAAGCUAAGGGUGAACAUUAAUGUGCCCAUGAAGACAGAGCAGAAGCAGGAGCAAGAAACCACACACAAAAACAUUGAGGAGGACCGCAAGCUGCUGAUUCAGGCAGCCAUUGUGAGAAUCAUGAAGAUGAGGAAGGUCCUGAAGCACCAGCAGCUGCUGGGGGAGGUGCUGACACAGCUGUCCUCGCGCUUCAAGCCACGGGUUCCCGUCAUUAAGAAAUGUAUUGACAUUCUGAUUGAGAAGGAGUAUUUGGAGCGAGUGGACGGUGAAAAGGACACCUACAGCUACCUGGCUUAA